ACUUCUCUGUGCUGUUCAUAUUGCAGGAAAUAAAUAAGCUUUCUUAAAAUCUGUAAUCUCUAAAAAGCUGAAUCAUCCAUCACUCCCCCAGUGGAGCUCUGAUUCACGACGGAAGGAACUGUUCAGAAUCUCCUUUCACAGUCAAGAGGAAGGAGGCAAAAUCGAGUCUUGCUCUAGUCAAAUUGAAAUCAAACCCCCGAAUCGUUGCUCUUCUUUUUGUGUGUGUGUGUGUGUGUUCUCUGGAUUCGUCUUCUUCAUCUCCGUAACUAAUCUUUCAAGAAUUUUGGGAUCAAAGCUUCUGUGAUGGACUACGAAUCAUUUGAUAGCAGUGGAACAGAUGAUGAUCUGCCUCCAUCGCAUAGAGUGGUUCCACGAGGAGGGAGUAGUGUGUCUACCAAUGGAAGACCGUCCACUCUUCCUCCAUCUUACAUGUAUGACCAAGUUGCUGCUGAUAUGGAAGCUCAGAUUCACCAUAUCGAGAAGGAAGCAUACUUCUCUCUUCUAAGAGCCUUUAGAGCACAAGCAGAUGCAAUCACUUGGGAAAAAGAGGGUCUAAUAACUGAAAUGCGUAAAGAGCUGAGAGUAUCGCAUGAGGAGCAUAGAGAGCUUCUUGCUCGUGUAAACGCUGAUGAUACUAUACGAAAGAUAAGGGAAUGGAGACAAUCUGGAGGGAUGCAACGCAAUGCUGCUCAAGUGGUUCAUGAUACGUUGCCAAGCCCUUCGGCUUCAGCUUCUAUCAAGAGGCACAAACCGAACCAGCCAAUUCAUUCCCAACCAUUCGCCAGUUCUUCACCUUCUUCUCACCCUCAAGCUGAUCCCACUCACCCGUUGGCUUCAUCCGCAGCUAAAAGAGGAUCUGUUCCCAUUUUCAAGGCCAAAAAGCAUAAACCAGUUUUCCCUGGUUCGUCUUCCAUAAAACCCAUCCCUUACCAUCCUCCGGAUCAACAACCUCCACGAGGGCAAGUCAUGAACAGAUUACCAUCUGGUCCUUCCAGUUCAAGUGAACCCACAAAAGGAACUGGACCUGAGUCUUUUGUAGGAAGAAGAGUUAGAACAAGGUGGCCAGAAGACAAUACAUUUUACGAAGCUUCCAUCUCCAAGUAUGAUCCAGUUGAGGGCCGUCAUGCUUUAGUUUAUGACAUUGGAACACUUAAUGAGGCAUGGGAAUGGGUUAAACUCGCAGAGAUAUCUCCUGGGGAUAUUGAGUGGAUAGGAGAGGAUCCUGGGAUUUGUAAUCGAUAUGGUUACAACGGACAAGGCCAUGGUCUGAACAGAACUACAGGACCUAACAAUGUUCCACAACGAGGAAGCAGUUUGGCGAAGACCACUAUCAAAAACGAUCUCAGAACAUCACAGAAUGGAAGUGGGAAAAGGAAACAUGUCGAUAUACGUCUCCGUCCGACCAAUGUCCUAAUCAGAGAGGUGGAGAGAGUUCUUGGUUCACACAAUCCAGAUCCUCAAGAAGUUGAAAUGGCUAAGAGAGUUUUGGAGGAGCAAGAACGUGCGCUUGUGGGUGCAAUAACAAAGCUUGGAGAUAUAUCCAAUGGAGAGAACGCAGUUUUGCCAAGGCACAGUGCAAUGCAGACCAUAAGGAGUAGCUAAUGAAGAAGAAGAAGUAAACACUGGUUGGUUGAGAUGGAAAGUCAAAAGAGUCUCUAACUUCUUUGAUGUUGCCCUUUCUUUGGUAUCUCGACUGUAAUUUUUUUGCUGACGUUAGAGAUUAGCUUUACACCCAAAUGCUGGAUAUAAUGUUCUGUGGAACGGCUUCAAUCAUCAAAAUAUAACCAAAACAUACUCUUA